GAGAGCGCAGUGUCGCGUCGAACUUCUAGCAGAGCGCGUCGCACGUCCGAGUACCGGCCGCCGCCCGUCAUCAGUCGCCGUACCGCGCAGCCACGUAACCUCUACCUUAUUAGUUUUUAGUAGUCAGUAGUAGGGCACCCGCCGGUUCCACGACUUGAACAACAACAACACGGUGAUCUAUCUUGUGUCCUCUGUAUAGUAACAUAAUCAUAAUCGUCCGCUAAUUAGUCGUCUGAUCCUCGAGGAACCUCCUGACAGCGUCUCCGGUUCCUAAAGAGCACCGAGUUAUCAACGUUACUACGUUACAACGUUACAACUGACUGGUCGUCAGAUUGUUUUAUCUAGCCACGACCAAUUUAUUAUCAAUCAAAGUCAUUAGUUGUAAGCCAGUGACAAUUCGGACGCACACGGCGCGGACACGCGGAUUCUUUGGUUGUUUAUCAGACUUGCGCGCGCCGUGCGUCGUCUGCAUCCUUCAGUGAUUCUCGGUGAUUAACAACAACCGAUUGAGUCUGAUCUGGAAAACAACAGCUUGGAAAUCCACCACCAGGAGGACCAAAACAAUAAUUAGAGACAGUGAUUGGAGCUAUUCGGAUCCAUUGGGACUCUGAUUAGUUUCUAGUGGGGAGGUGUCACAAUAUAAACACUCGCUGACGUACACCUAGAUUGUUUACAAGUGGGAUAAUUCUUCUAUAAGUGGGAUUAUGGAGCAGCAGAGCCAAGAAAUCGUCGCCAGCGGAUCCAUGGCCGAAGUGCCCAACGAUCCAGGGAAAAUGUUCAUCGGUGGUCUCUCAUGGCAGACCAGUCCAGAGAGCCUGAGGGAGUAUUUCACCAAGUAUGGAGACAUCACAGAGGUUAUGGUGAUGAAGGAUCCAACCACACGCCGAUCAAGGGGCUUUGGAUUCAUCACAUUCGCAGAUCCUUCAAGCGUAGACAAAGUAUUAGCCCAAGGGAACCACGAAUUGGACGGCAAAAAGAUCGACCCGAAAGUCGCGUUCCCUAGGAGGACACAUCCAAAGAUGGUGACAAGGACAAAGAAGAUAUUCGUCGGCGGAUUGUCAGCGCCCACGACGCUGGAGGACGUCAAAAAUUACUUCGAACAGUUCGGCCCGAUCGAGGAUGCCAUGCUGAUGUUCGACAAGCAGACCAGCAGGCACAGGGGUUUUGGCUUCGUCACAUUUCAAAGCGAGGACGUAGUCGACAAAGUAUGUGAGAUUCACUUCCACGAGAUCAACAACAAAAUGGUGGAAUGCAAGAAAGCACAGCCAAAAGAAGUAAUGCUCCCGGCAAAUUUGGCGAAGACGCGAGCGGCCGGCCGAGGUGCGUACGAUUUUAUGUGGUCCCUGGGAGCUCUACCUGAUGGUUUUCCAGCAGCCUACGCCGCCUACGCAGCAGGACGUACAUACUCAGGGUAUCCUAGUUUCGGACUACCCUACGCGACGGCAGUGGACCUAACCAACGGACAACUCACACCAAACAACAACACGCCCUUGCUAACGCAAGCUCUCUCUGUGAUGAACAACUACCAAGCAGCACAGGCCGGGUAUCAGCCAGCCUCUCCACACGGGGCAGGAGGCCACGGGGGGCCUCAGGGCCGAUCAUUUCCCGCGGCCAACUCUCCUGGGCCAAUAGACAUGUACAGUUCGAGCGCAGCAGCCGCAGUAGCAGCCGCAGCUGCGGAUUCAGCCGUCGCCAGCUAUGUCCAGGCUGCAAAUAGUCCGCAGCCCCCUACAACCGCGUUUCCCGCGAUCGCAGUAUCUCGCGCCCCGCUCAACUACAGUCCCGGUCCACUGAUACCGGCGGCGUUUACUAAUGGCUACCAUUGAGCCUUGUUAAGACCU